UCUGGUCUCGCCUCCUUCGUCGCCACCCGCCACAACUCGAUCACCUCAGCUAGCUCCGACUCCGACCGUCGCAUUCUUCACGACUCCUCCCGGCGCCAUCUCCAAACUUCUAGAAAUCUCGCCUUCCAAACCUUUUUAAAGCUCCCCAAUGAGCUCCCCGGGUCUCCACAGCAAAAUCGAAGCCGCACUAGAACAAAAUACUGGCAGGAUAAAGAAUUCGGUUUCCCAAGCUGCAGAGCUCGUCGCCAAUGGCGUCUACUUCGCUCGUGGCCUCCCUCGUGUGUAGCAGCAGCACUAGUAGUAGUACUAGGAGGCCACCCGCAUCAAGAAGCUUCCCUCUCCUCUCCAAGAACAAUUACAGACCGGCUCUCAGUAAGCCUCUGAGGAGCAGCUUCAUCCUCAGGUCCUCGCUGCAGGAGCAAGAUCAGGAGAAGAAGGAGACGAAUCGUCCAAACUCCUCCAUUGUCGUUGCUCCUGAUGAGCAAAAGGAAGAUGAGGAGAAAAAGGAGCCUUCGCACCAUACCGGGGGAGGAGACCCGGAAGAUCAUGAGGGAGGCGGCGAUGAUGUUGAGAACAAGAGCAGGGAGGAGCAGCAGGAGGUGGACUGGAGGUCGGACGAGGAGUUCAAGCGGUUCAUGGGGAACCCGUCGAUCGAGGCCGCCAUCAAGCUGGAGAAGCAGCGCGCCGACCGGAAGCUCCGCGAGCUGGACCGCGAGCCCGACGCCAGCCCCGUCGCCGCCCUCCUGCGCGGCUUCAUCAGGGACACCCUCCAGCGCGAGAAGCAGCGGCUCGAGGAAGCCGAGCGCACCUUCAAGGCGCUCGACCUCAACAAGCUGAAGAGCUGUUUCGGGUACGACACCUUCUUCGCGACGGACGUGCGGAGGUUCGGCGACGGCGGCAUCUUCAUCGGCAACCUGAGGAAGCCCAUCGAGGAGGUGCGGCCGAAGCUGGAGAAGAAGAUCGCGGAGGCGGCGGGCACGGAGGUCACGCUGUGGUUCAUGGAGGAGAGGAUCAACGAUGACAUGACAAAGCAGGUAUGCAUGGUGCAGCCGAAGGCAGAGAUGGAGCUGCAGCUGGAGGUGGCCAGUCUGAGCACGCCGUGGGGUUACCUGAGCGCCGUGGCGCUGGCCGUGACGACCUUCGGGACGAUCGCGCUCAUGAGCGGCUUCUUCCUCAAGCCCGGCGCCUCCUUGGACGACUACUUCUCCGACGUCCUCCCUCUCUUCGGAGGCUUCCUCUCCAUCCCCGGCGUGUCCGAGGUUGCGACGAGGCUGACGGCGGCGAGGUACGGCGUGAAGCUGAGCCCGUCGUUCCUGGUGCCGUCCAACUGGACGGGAUGCCUGGGCGUCAUGAACAACUACGAGUCGCUGCUGCCCAGCAAGAAGGCCCUCUUCGACAUCCCCGUCGCCCGCACCGCCAGCGCCUACCUCACCUCUCUCGUGCUCGCUGUCUCCGCCUUCAUCGCCGACGGCAGCUUCAACGGCGGCGACAACGCCCUGUUUAUACGGCCGGAGUUCUUCUACAACAACCCGCUGCUGUCGUUCGUACAGCAGGUGAUCGGGCCGUACGCCGACGAGCUCGGCAACGUGCUGCCCAACGCCGUGGAGGGCGUUGGCGUGCCGGUGGACCCUCUGGCAUUCGCCGGCCUCCUCGGGAUCGUCGUCACGUCGCUGAACCUGCUGCCGAUCGGGCGGCUCGAGGGCGGCCGGAUCGCGCAGGCGCUCUUCGGCCGCAGCAUGGCGGCACUGCUGUCGUUCGGCACAUCGCUGCUGCUGGGCGUGGGCGCCAUCAGCGGCAGCGUGCUGUGCCUGGCCUGGGGGCUCUUCGCCACCUUCAUCCGGGGAGGGGAGGAGAUCCCGGCGCAGGACGAGAUCACGCCGCUCGGCAGCGAGCGCUACGCGUGGGGCUUCGUGCUCGCCGUCGUCUGCCUCCUCACGCUCUUCCCCAAUGGUGGCGGCACCUACUCCAGCUCCUUCCUCGGCGAGCCCUUCUUCAGGGGCGGCAUCUAGACCUUCACCAUGCCAUGAUCAUAGCCUAGAAGUAGUAGAGAGGGUAAGGAGGCAGACGAUGGACCUGCAACUGCAAUGUACAGAUUAAAUUGUUCUCCAUUUAUUUGAGGUUUUCCCUAGCCAUGACAAGGAGAUGUACCGUUACAUUGAAGCCACAGCAUUGUUGUACUUCUCUUUUUUGGGAGGAAA